AAAAGGGAAGGAACUCUCGCGUUUUUUGUGUGUGUUUUUUCAAAGAGCGAAUGUUGUAGUUGUCGAGGUUGUCACGAACGAUUGACUGCGACUGCUGCACUUGACUGUCAGCUGAUGACGGCUCGGAAAGAGACUACAAAAUGCUCCGAUGACAAAGGAUCGAAUAUUAUUUAGCACAUCCUCCUCCAGAGUCAUGGCCCAAGCUGUGGACGGCAGUAGUGCCUCCAUCAGUCGACGUCUGUCGGGGGUCAAAGGUGAUGCGGGAAAAGUGAAUGACGUUUAUGUGCAUGGGCAGGUCAAGGACUGCAAGCGGCAUGUCAUUUUCUUUGGUGGAGACGUACAA